CAUUGGUGUACGUCAAGAAACUGAUAUCGGUUCACAUGGGGAAAGAAUGAAAGUUAUAAUCUUGGAAGUUGUUUCAGGCGGGUAUAAAUUAUAUAAAUAUGCUUUCUAUUGGGUUGUUUUGUUUUUGGUUUGAUUUUUUAAGUUGAUGUUUUUUGGUUGCUUCCAUUAAAUUAAGGAAAAAGAAGGUACGGUGUAACGUUAUUGGAAGAUCGUGUGAGGUAUUUGAUUUGUCUAUGUUAAGGAAAUAUCAAAGACCACGAGUGGUGGUGCUAGAGGCUUUCAAAAUUAAAGUCCUUGGAGGUUAUUUGAAGUAGUGUUUAUUAUUCAUUGAAGAUUUGUAUAAUAUUGUUAAUGUUAAUCAGUUAGAGUUAAAAUCUGUGAUUCUUAGUUUAUGUAGUCAAAAAUUAAUUAAAAUUUUCCUUGUCAGAUUACAUGGGCCUACAAAAUGUGAUUAAUAUAUCUACAAUUCUUAUAAACCCUGAUAUGUACAAAAAUGUGGAGUUUCUUAGCAGAUUUAAUGUUGCAUGCUAUGAGUUUUCAACAUUUAUUCCCAUUGUAUCUGGUUAUUUAAUAGCCAGUGUUGGUGAUGAUUUCGUUGACUGGAGAGUUGUUCGAUCUAUUGAUCAACUAAAGAAAAACUGUGAGGAUGGAAUCUUCUAUGUUAUGGGAACAGUUACAGAGGUUGUUGAUGAUCCAAAUUGGUGGUAUUAUUCAUGUGUUUGUGGAAAUGUUGUUGUUGCUGACGAUAAUACUUAUCAUUGUGAUAUUUGUGACUCAUGUGUGGAACAUGUGGUUUUAAAGUAUAGAAUAAUUGUCAUUGUUGAUGAUGGAACAUCAUCUGCAGUAUUCGCACUUGUUGAUAAUGCUGCAACAAAAUUGUUUGGGAAAACUUGUGUCGAAGCUUUCUGCUUUCUUGCAUAUAGAGAAAGAAUUACCCUCAGAUUCUAAUGUUGUCUCAAUGGUUAAUCAAUCUAGCAGUGUCCCCCUAUUUCAUCGAAUUAUUGGAGAUAAGAUAGUGUUCAAAGUUCAGAUGUGCAAUAUUUUUAGACAACAUUAUUCUUAUCAAUUCAAAGUUGUUAAUCUGUUUGGUGAUAUAGCUGGACCAUCUUUGCCUGUUCAGUGUCUUUUCCUGUUCAAAGAAUUUAUCCAUGGCCCAAUCUUCAACCCAAUA